UACUUGACAACGUUUACAACCUGGAAAACUUUCACGUCAAAUAUGACAACAUAACCAUAUUUUAUAUUUUUUAAAAUUUAUAUCAUGUAAAUAUUAAUUAUUAAUGAUUUUAAUUAAAUCAUAUUGAUUUUAAAAAGUAUUUGUAAUUUAGUUUUUAAAAAAUUAAAUGAGUUAUUAAAAAAAAAAUGGAUAAAAAUAAAAAAACUCGAGUUGUUGAUAAUGAUAAAAAAAAAUCAUCUGACGAUGAUGCGCGUGCGAGAACAGAAAAAAAAAGUUUAACAAACAAUGGGGACAUUGAAAAGACAACUGAUGGUAAAGGAGUAGUAGAAAAAAAGGAAGAGUCUAUAGAAGGAUUAAAAAGUCAAUUACGAGUUUUGAUGGAUUCGUUGGCGACUUUGUCUGCGGAAAAAUCAAGAAUGGAAGCAAACUUCCAGGCUGACAGACGACAAUUAAGAAUUGAACGUGAUGAGUACGAGAAAACUAUAAAAGAUUUGAAAGAAAAGUUAAAAAAAACUCAACACAGCGUGCAAUCAGAGGUUGAACAUUACAAGUAUAAAUUAAUAAUGGAGCGACAUGAAAGAGAAAAAGAACAUGUUGAUAAUUCAGCAAUGAUCAAAGAACUUCAAAGACUAGUCACUGAUGAGCGUCGUGCUAAAGAAUCAUUGGAGCAGCAAAUAAAAGAGUUAAAAAAACAAGCGAACAAUAAAACACAAAGCAAAGUUCUUGAAGCUGAAUUAGAAAUAGCAAACAAUAAAUUAAAAGAAGCUGAAGCUGCUGUUAAUGAAACACCACCGAUGCUUCUGUCUCUGCAGACGGAGAUCGCGGGGUUGAGGAAACACCAUCGUAUUGCUAUUCAUGAAGAACGUAAAAGAGCCGCUGCAGCGGAGCAACAAUCUAAAGCAUUGGAAGCAAUUCACGAAGCUCGGGUCGUCGGUUUAGAGACAAGACUUGCUGAAUUAUCUGAUACCGUCGGUGGUUAUGAGCGUCUGAGACAAAUUGAUCAGCAUGCAAUACAAAAACUUAAAGAUCAAUUGUCUGAAUUACAAUUGCAUGAGCACAGGGAUCAUGUUGAUGUUGAGUUUACAGAAGAUCCUAAUAAAAUAGCUGCCAAAAUACGCGAAUUGUAUGCACGGUUACUGGAUAUGAAUAAUCAGGAAAAUAGUCUAGUUAAUAUGAAAGAAUUUUUAAAAAGUCUUGAUCUACAUUCCAUUAAUGAAGACAUGAAUGAGUAUAAAGAAAAAUAUGAAUCGUUGCAACGUGAUUUCGAAAUUUAUAAAGAACAGAUGAGUAUUAAAUUAAAAUCACUUGAAAGUAAUUUACAUGGUGAUAAUAAAGACAACAAAAACGAUAGCAGUGAAGUUAAUUUGAUAAAGACUUACAGUAAAAAUUUAGAAGAGAGAAUCCGUAUGUUAACAAAAGAAUUAAAUUAUCGAGAAAAUGAAAUGCAGAUGAAAAUGGAAUUACAGUCUCAACAAUUCAAUGAGGAGAGAACUAAAUUUAAUUUAAUACUGUCGCAAAAAGAGAGCGAAUAUCGGGGUAAAAUAUCAGAUCUUGAGCAUCAACUGCUGCGUCAACGCGAGCGUUCUUUUGCUGUAAUUGAAGAGAAGGAUCAGGAAAUCAGAACUUUGAAAUCUUCAAUCCGUACUAUGUUGUUGAAGAAAGACAGUAAUUUACUUUCAACUAUUGACUCUAAGUCGGGUUUUAAUGAUAAAUCACCAGAACCCAUUGCGGACUUUGUUUCCGCAAUGCUUUCAGUUGAUAAUCCUCCUUUACUUCAUUACGCUCAAGAACUGUCGAGACGCGAAAUUCAAGUCGCAGGAUUAAGAAAACAAAAUAGUGAAUUAGAAAAUAAUUUACGUGAAAAUCAACGCGAUUUAUUGGCUGUCACUCAACGUCAUGCUGAUGAAAUAAAAUCAUUGGAAGCUAAAAUAUCAAGAUUAGAAGCAUGCAAGUCAAGAGAAGGAGCCAAUUUGGAGUAUUUAAAAAAUGUAGUAGUGAAUUAUUUAACCAGUAGUGAUCCGUCCAGUCGUAAACAUAUGUUGAAUGCCAUUGCAACUGUACUGAGGUUUAAUAAUGAAGAAAUGGAAAAAAUUCAACGACUUAAAUGACACUGAUCAUUAGUUAAUUAAUUAAUUAAAUAAUAAAUAAAUUACUAACUAAGUUUUUUAAAACCAAAAGCAUUUAAAUCGAUUGAUAGAUUUUUAAAAAUAAAACUAAAAAAUGUAAUUAGAAUAAAUAUAUGAAUUAAUAUAAUAAAA